AUGUCCGAAACCGUUGCAUUACCAAACUCUACGGAAGUCAACUCUUGUCCUGUAAAUCAUUCCGUGUGGACCCACUUCGUUGCUUCUGAAACUUCUAAGAAUGAGUCCAAUAAUGCUGACUCGUGCGAAUGUCCUCACGUAAACCGCCAAAUACCUUCUACCUCGGAGAAGGGGUGCACAAGCGACGCGAUAAAUGAAUCAAAUAACAUGCCGCUACUUCCAAAUCAAAAACCCUCCGCGGACCAACGUUUUCCGCUUGAUACGUCACGUCAAUUAUCAAAUAUUCCGCGUGCGACUCCGAAAGUUGAUAAAAAUUCGGCGAAUAAAACUGAAGAAGAAGUUUGGAUAUAUCCAUCAGAACAAAUGUUUUUUAACGCAAUGAAACGUAAGAAUUGGAAGCCUCGGGAGGAGGACAUGCGUGUAGUUGUACCAAUACACAAUGCCGUUAAUGAAAAAGCCUGGAAAGAGAUAUUGGAAUGGGAGAAACUUCAUGUGCAACACUGUGGAGAACCUAAAUUAGUGAAGUUUCAAGGUAGAGCAAAUGAUAUCACGCCAAAAGCAAGAUUAUUAAAUCUACUAGGAUAUAAGCUACCAUUUGACAGACAUGACUGGGUAAUUGAUAGAUGUGGCAAGAGAGUUACAUAUGUAAUUGAUUUCUAUGCUGGCCAACCUAAUCCUGAAUUUCCACAGAAUGUGAGCUUUUACUUGGAUGUUCGUCCAGCCCUAACGCUUGAGGGUGUUCUGGAUAGAUUUCGAAGAUUUCUACGUUCUAUAAUUGAGUGA